CGUCCGUCAUCACGUCCGUGUGCGUCGUUGUUUGGUAGGAAGCGGUGUGUCCGCCAUCCGUAACCAUAAACCCGGAGUUAUCAAAAUUAAUAACGCCAUCAAAUAUAAAUACAAAAAUAAUUUUAAACGUUCCCGUAAAGACCAAGAAGACUGUUUGUCUUAAGAGUGGACGGCGCCUGGAUAAGCAAGGACAGCAGACAUGUCAGAAACAUAUGAUUUCCUGUUCAAGUUCCUGGUGAUCGGCAGUGCUGGGACGGGCAAGUCCUGCCUCCUGCAUCAGUUCAUUGAGAACAAAUUCAAACAGGACUCGAACCACACCAUCGGGGUGGAGUUCGGUUCCAGGGUGGUCAACGUCGGGGGAAAGACAGUGAAGCUGCAGAUCUGGGACACAGCCGGACAGGAGCGCUUCAGGUCUGUGACUCGCAGCUAUUACCGUGGGGCAGCUGGUGCCCUCCUCGUCUACGACAUCACCAGUCGCGAGACGUACAACGCGCUGACAAACUGGCUCACGGACGCGCGGACGCUGGCCAGCCCCAACAUCGUCAUCAUCCUGUGUGGGAACAAGAAGGACCUGGACGCAGACAGAGAGGUGACGUUCCUGGAGGCGUCCCGCUUCGCACAGGAGAACGAGCUCAUGUUCCUGGAGACGAGCGCCCUGACGGGGGAGAACGUGGAGGAGGCCUUCCUGAAGUGUGCGCGGACCAUCCUGAACAAGAUCGAGUCGGGUGAGCUGGACCCGGAACGGAUGGGCUCGGGGAUCCAGUACGGAGACGCCUCCCUGCGGCAGCUGCGGCAGCCGCGCAGCACCACGGCACAGAGCAAGCAGCAGUGCAGCUGCUAGGCGCUGGUCUGGCCCCCUGCGCAGGACCCAGCCCAGCUCUGUCUGUGACUGGUUUUGCAGCAAACCCUCCUCCCACCCCUCUAACACACCGUCCCCCCUCUGCGGAAGCUCACCCACCCCUUCCUGCAACCUGGGCUCCUGUCUUCCGGGAUGGCGUGCCUUGCCACGCAACCUCUGACCUCUACGGAUUUCUCUGCGACCUCCGCUGGGAGCCUGGGAUGUCCUGCGGCAGGCAAUGCACUGGUCACUGGGGUACACGGUGGGCAUCUCUCUGCCCGGGGCUCUUUCAGCCACUUACACUGGGGAAAGGGGGCAGGCAUGGGUCUGAGAAAGUGCUUCUUUUUAAUCCUAGAGACCAGAACUCAAUGGCCUCUUCUCACAGAGUCUUUACUCCUCUUAAGAUUUUCCCCUUCGUUUUAACACUGUGUGGCCCUGAUAUCACUAGCAUUCUGCUGCUUGUCCUGUAGACAGGGCUUUCCAGACUGGUCAGUGAAGAGGGCUGUGUCUGCUGUUCUGAACUCCAGCUGAGCUGUGUUGGAUGCCUUAAUUACCCUGAUAAAGGGCUAAACCCCAGAUCUUGCGUUGUUUUCCAGUGAAGAGAAACGACAAAACAGUUAGUCAAAUUUAUUGGAAAUGGAAAACAGAAAAGAGGAGGUGAAGUGGGACCAGCAAUGGAAAUCCUGUCUUGAUUUUUUUCUUUUUGCUUUUGAAAUAUGAAUGCUGAUUUGAUGUGCAAUAUUGAAGGGACUUUGAUCUUAUCUGGCAGCAUCUUGUCCUGGGUUGUUCACAUGCAGUCGAAAUGGGUGUGUGUGUAUGUUGUGUUUACAGCAACCUGCACACGUGACUGCAAAACGGGAUCAAAGCACUGCCUUACAAGCAAAUGAGCAUCUUCUGUUUUUACAGCCCUUCUUAGUCUGGUAAAGGAUCUGGGAGCUGUUCAGUGCAGUCCUCCUCAAAGCUGGAAAAAUGCUAAUGCCACCUGAUAAAUAUUUUAGAGCACAUGACUAAGGACGAGAACCAAGUAGCACGAGUAUUUCAUCAGCUAUGAAGAGGCUGCUGUUAAAAUUGUGCUGAGAGCAAAAUAAUAGAUACCUUCCACCAGCUUCACACAUACUGUAUAGACAACUAGUCUACACAAGUAUUCUGAACAACACUGUUGAGGUUCACUAACCUGCUAAAGCCGAGCGGAUGACAAUACCACAUGGAUCAGUCACUCAGUGAGACACCCUUUUACAGUGUUUUCUGGUUUUUACUCCAGCUGAUAGAUUUACUUUGAUAAGUAUUGAGUGAUCAUGUUUCCCAAGUCUUUUCUCGUUGAAUUUUUGAAUCUCCUCCUCAGACCUGCAGGAGUGUAGCAGACCAGGCCAAGGUUGCAGGCCUCUGCUCUAGAAGGAGGACGAGCAUGCUGGGGCCAUGUGAUGGCAGGGAAAGCCUUAAGAGGAGCUUAGAGCAGAUCCAGGUGCAGGCAAGAUCAAAGAGCUAGGGCUUUCAAAUCCAAGUCGCCUGUCUUUCUCAGACCAUUGCAUUGCCUACAGUGUAUCAGCAGGGUUCUGCUCUUUAAAGGUAACCACACUCUUGAUUUGCACCCUUUGCAUAUCGGCAGGAAUCUGAAGUGUUGCUUAUUUGUAACUGCCAGAGAGCUGAGUGGAUCUGUUAGCAUACCGGCAGCAACUUGAAAGCACAAAGGAAGGAAGUCUGCAUGGCAGCAUUCUGUGAAAGUUGAGUCCAUUAGUCCAUAAAGAGACUGUCAUCUGUUUGUGUAAAUGCUUCUCCGUGUUUAUAAUGUACAGAAUGUAAUCAUACAAUCAUACUACAACUAGGCUAUCUAAAACUAUAUCUGCUUAUAGACUAUUAGUAAAACAAAUGUACAGAAAUUGGUUCUACUACCUUUGUGCUGUUAUGCUCUGGUAUCCUGCUCUGCAGUUUUAUUUUACAGACCAAGCUGCAAUGUUUAUUGUUAGCUGUUUCUUUUCUGAGCACUGUUAUGAAGCGGGAUAUUGUCUGGGUGCUUUUUGCCCUGGGUGAAAGAGAUGUUUUGCAACCACAGCAGUUUUAUUUGCUUUAGCAGUUUGUCUUUCUUCGGCUUUAAAUGCACUCACUUUCCAUUUACACCCCGGUGGGCGCUGGAGAUGGACUGCCUCUUCUCAUGAGCUGUCUGACGUCUGCAGCAGAGGCCGGAGCCUAACAAACCCCGUCUGCUGAGGUUCUUCUAGUCCAUUGUACACCAGCAUGGUGUAAGUGAGGUGGCGUCUCUGGCUGUAGUGUCAGUGGAAAUCAGAGGUUACUUGAAGAGGAAGAAGAGAGUGCCAGUUACAUAAACACCUGAAGAUGAAGUUCCCCUCAGUUUUAAACAACUGCACACAUUGAAAUCAAAGCUCUAGUUAAGUGAUAACUUAUGCAGAUUUAAUACUUCAUGUUUUGUGCUUCUAGGACCAGGACCUAACACUGAUCUGGCCUCUCAGCCAGCCACAUAGGCACAUUAGUGUAACAUAGAUAACAUGUCUGUACCAAGCCGUAGUAAAACUUAUAAGCCCCCGUGAUAGUGUAGGUAAUAUCUGAGGGCAGAGGGUGCUAACCACUGCACUGUGCGGAGUCUUCUUCUCUCAUCAGCAGAAUGAAAUGGGCGUGGCAGUGCUCGUACAGCAGCACAAGCUCAAAGGCUGAAGACUCAUGCUUUCCAGAGCACUGAGGCCCAGCCUGUGGAAGUACAGAUUUUAUGACAGGGCAGUGAAUUACCAGUAAAACAUCUACCUUCUCUGGCAGGUGUAUUAUAGACUGGCUAGAAACUAGAUGCUGUAAUUUGUUCAUUUGUUGUAUAAAGCAGGUACAGCCAAAGGAAACUGACCAGGAUUUUGAUAUUUCCUUUCAAUGUGUCUGUUAAUACCUAUUAAUGAACUUAAUUAGGAAUGUCUUUUGGUAUUUGUAUUAAACAGGAAUUGCAGCUUUCGCAGUGUUUCUCUGAACCAGUUUUAAAAUGGCUGCAGUAACAAUGGAGGUAGCUUGACAGUAGUGUAGCUUUGCCGAUUCCUGAUUUCUGAGCACACCUCUUAUCCUGGCCUUGCUCUUUUUCUUCCUCUUCUGCGCUAUGUGAGCAUGGUCCAGAGUCUUCGUCAUGUGCAUUUCAGGCUAGGAGUGCUUAUUUGCAGCUGAUGCUUUUAGAAAAAAAAAAUCACAUUUGUACCUGUACUAAGAAAGUUUCAAACUCACCUUCAGCUUGUAAAAUUCAAAGAGGGGUGACUAUACUCAAUUCUCUUAAGGGAGUAUGAUGGGAGUUUGAGAAGGGGCUGAAUCAGGGGCUGGGAGCAGCAAAUAACUGCGAAAAUGUAGUAAGAAGGAUAACCAGAGGGCUUUACAGAAGCCGUGGCAAUGUUGCCGUGUUGCUGUGGGAUGGAGGGGGCUUGCACUAAGGAUAGCCAGUUGUGCUGGGUCAGACAGGUGUGUACUGCAGAGGACAGCAGUGCAAGCUGUGCCUGUAUCUCAAUACUGUGACUGUGUGACGUUAUCUGCUUGUAACAGACAGUCUGAGUUCAUCUUUUUUUCAAAAUGCACUCUUUUUUUAUUUGUAUUGUUUACUUUUAAAUACUGUAAACUUUGAAUUACCUGUACAUUGAUCUUAAAAUAAAUGAAGUUAUUCGUCUAACAAUUAUGGAAUAAAAAAAUCAUUCCUUGCUAAGGAACAACUGAGCUCUGUGCUGUUUUCAGACAGAUCGGGGGAAAGACCCACAUGAGGAGCAAGCUUUGCCUGCUGCUGAAGCGGUGCUGAAGGAGACUUCUUGCAAGCUGGGAAAUGUGGGGAUGUUAACAGUCUCUCCUGAAGGUGUUUGUUGAACUGACCUUGAGGCUCAGUCCUUCUGGUCCAUUUGGAAGUGAGACUUUCCCCGGAGCGCGAGCAGGGAAAUCACCUUGGAGACCUGGGGGGAUCGGAUAGAAAGCACAUGAGGCAUAUUGUACUAGUAGAAGGAGGGCAACAUUUGUGGUCAAAUAUCAUCCUUCACUUGGGCUGGAAUUCAGCACUGUACUGCACAGUAGUCAUGUGACCAGGAAUCCUCCCCCCAGCCUCACCCCCAUAAUACAAAUCAACCCAAAUUAUCUUCAAGCAUGCUGCUGGAAAGCAGGCUCAGUUGUUGCUUAGUAACCAAGAUACUGUAAUCGCUAAGAUUCUGUAUAUCUGAUGCUGUAAAUAUGUUUGAAGUCUUGAGUUGCCUUUGUUUCCCUUGUGAAUUUAAAGAUUUGGAUGAUACCUG